AUGUUUUCGGAGCUUGGUCUGAUGAAUUGGUCAAUGGUGACGGGUUUUGGUGAAAAACCUAUGAAAACCUGCAGUCUAGGGAAAAAAAUAAAUAGUGCGUUCGAUAGAGCUCGUCGAGAUCUACCUUGGUCCAAUGUUUGUUCAAUUUGGUCUGAUGAUUUGGCGAAUCGUAUUGGAAAAUACGCGAAUCCUGACCUAAGAUAUCCUACUGAAACUAAUUUUGAAAAAUUAUUCUCUGAAGCACUUGAUAGUUAUUCAUCAUCAUUUCUUCUUUGUAGUCUUCACGCAUGUGGAUCGUUAUCUUGUUCACUUUUAAAUCAUUUUGUUGAAAAUCUAUCUGUACGUGCCAUCGCUAAUGUUGCGUGUUGUUAUCAUUUAUUGGAAGAAAAAUUUGUUGCAAAUCCAUUUACAAAUUAUUGUGCCGAAAAUGAUCCGUGCAGUUUUCCAUUGAGCCAUCGAUUAAUUGAAGAGAAAACAAAAUUAGGUGAAAAUGCUAGAAUGCUUGCUGUUCAAUCAUUCGAAAGAAAUAAAGCAGAUCAAACAUUAAAUGCUGGCUUAUGGUAUCGAGCAUUAAUGCAAGUGCUUCUUGUUGAAGUUUAUGGAUUAAUAACUGGCUUACAAGAUAUUGAAUUAGGAAAAUUAACAAAAAAGUUCGUGAUAUUUGAAGAAUACGUAUGGAAAGCAGUGGACGAAUUAAAAUCAGAUAAAACAAAAAUAGGUACGCCGCAACGUGAUUUAAAAGUAAAUUAUUCUGAAGUGCAAAAGGAUUUAUUGACUGAAAAACAUCGUGCAUUUUUAAUUUGUUAUGAUCGUUCACAUAAUACAUACGAAUAUGGUGCAACUAAUUAUCGUUGUAUGAGUGGUAUUUAUUGA